AUGGCCAUUCCCAGUGUGCUCCGUGGCCGCGAAAGCACGAGUAGCGACAAAUCCAAAGACUCCGCCGCCGCGCCCCAUCUCGCCAACGAUCAGUUCCCCGUGACGGCAUCCUCUGGCCAACAGUAUGGCAAGGCCCAGGUCGUCUCCGUGCGGACUAUCUCCAUGCUGGUCAUCGUCUCCCUCGGUGGCCUGAUUUUCGGCUUCGAUACUGGUCAGAUCUCCGGUUUCGUUGCCAUGCCCAACUUUGUCAAGAACUUUGCGAACAACGGCACCAAAUUCUCCAAUGUCCGCGAGGGCACCAUCGUCGGCCUUCUCUCCAUCGGCACUCUGGUCGGCUCGGUUGCAGCAGGUCCGAUUGCGGACGCCUUUGGUCGGAAAAAGUCCAUCAUCACCUGGUGUGUCGUCUUCAUCAUCGGCGUCAUCAUCCAGAUUGCAACCAUGACCAGCUGGAUUCAGAUUGCCGUGGGCCGCUUGGUUGCCGGCUUUGGGGUUGGCGGGCUCUCCGUCUUGACUCCCAUGUAUCAGUCCGAGACCGCACCCCGCCAAGUUCGAGGCGCAAUGAUUUCGGCCUACCAGCUCUUCAUCACCUUUGGCAUCUUCCUCGCGUAUUGUAUUAACUACGGCACCGAAGCCAUCCAAAGCAGAGCAUCCUGGCGCAUCACCAUGGGCAUCGGAUUCAUCUUCCCCACCGUCAUGAUUGCCGGCAUCAUGUUCCUGCCCGAAUCACCGCGCUGGGAGUACCGCAAAGGCCGAAUCGACUCAUGCCGCACCACCAUUGCCAAAUCUUACGGCGUGCCGGAAGAUCACCCGGAAGUGGUCAAGGAGUUGCACGACAUCAAAGAGAAAUUCGACGCCGAGAUGGUCAACGGUGUGAAGGCGCCCUGGUACGAAGUCUUCACCGGUCCUCGCAUGGCUUAUCGCACGCUCCUCGGUAUUACGCUUCAGGCCCUGCAGCAGCUCACCGGAGCAAACUUCUUCUUCUACUACGGCACAUCGAUUUUCACGUCCAUCGGCCUGUCGAAUUCCUUCGUCACGAGCAUGAUUCUCGGCGGCAUCAAUUUCGGCAGCACCUUCCCCGGCCUCUACGUCGUCGAGCACUUUGGUCGCCGCAAAGCCCUAAUCACCGGCGGCCUCUGCAUGUUCGUGUGCUUCAUGAUCUUUGCCUCUGUGGGUAGCUUCUCGCUGCAACCAACAGCCACAACCGACGCCGCCGGCACCAUCACCUACCACAACAAGACGGCCGGGACGGUCAUGAUUGUCUUUACAUGCCUCUUCAUCGUCUCCUACGCCAUGACGUGGGGACCAAUCGUUUGGGCCCUCGUCGCCGAAAUCUACCCCUCGCAAUACCGCGCCCGCAGCAUGGGCUUCGCCACCGCCUCCAACUGGAUCUGGAACUUCCUCAUCUCCUUCUUCACCCCCUUCAUCGUGUCCGACAUCAACUUCCGGUACGGGUACAUUUUCGCCGCGUGCUGCUUCGCCGGCGCCGUCAUCGUGUACCUGUUUGUGUGCGAGAGCCAGGGCCGCCGCUUGGAGGAGAUUGAUACCAUGUAUGUGACCAAGGUGCCGCCGUGGAGGAGUAGUAAGUGGGUGCCGCCGGCGGAUUUGUUGGAGGGUGAUAAGAAGGUUGAGGGGGAGCAGCGUGAUGGGGAUAUGGAGAGGGUGGAGAAGGUGUGA